GUCACUCAAGCGGAAGGAGGCGUGCGCGCGGCUUGGCGCACGCUAUAAAUGGGAAGCUGAGCGCGCUCCGUGGCCCCCGCCCUGCCGCACCGUCCGCCCGCCCGUCCGUCCGUGUUCCGAGCCGCGGAGUGUUCAAGAAGGAAGAUGAGUGGAAUGAGUAUAAAAAACAUGUCCUUCAAGGUUGGACAGACCUUGACCUUGGUUGGGGUUCCCAAGCCGGACGCUACUCAUUUUGCCAUGAACAUUGGUCCCGAUGAGAAGGACAUCACCAUGCACAUGAACCCCCGCUUCAACGCCCACGGGGAUGAGAGGGCUGUGGUGUGCAACUCCUACCAGGAAGGGAACUGGUGUGAGGAGCACCGUGAAGGAGGCUUCCCUUUCAACCUGGGAGAGGAGUUCAAGUUUACCAUCACAUUCAGCCUCGAGGAGUUCUUGGUGAAGUUUUCAGAGGGCUCAGAGAUCCACUUUCCCAACCGCAUGGGUGCUGAGAAGUACAAGUUCAUCAGCUUUGAUGGGGGCGUCCGCAUCAUCAGCUUCGAGAUCAAGUAGACCCGCUGCCCCCCCAUCCCAACAAUUACUAUGUUUACUGCUUAUUAUAUUUUUGCGUUGGCUGAUAGGGGGCCAUAUAGGGGGCCAUAUAGUGCCACGGCUUUCCGGUUUCUGAAAAUGUGUGGCAGCAGCAGUGUCUGCGGGAUAUCACCGGAGAUACGGAUGUCUGCACACAGGUAAUCGGCAGACCGUUGCUUGCAUCAUUAUACAUGCAUACGGUUCAGUGUCUUUCUUCACGCAUGCUUACACGUGAAGGCGCAAACAGCCAGACGGCUGUCUCCAUAAACACAUGACUAGAGUACUAUAGCAUGUCAGUUGUCAGAACUUGACAGAGCUGCUAAGAGUGAAUCUGAAAACUAGUGCUAUGACGUUUAUAUGUUGCUGCAAGUUGAGCUUUAAAUUAAACAGAAAAAUACUAGAUGAAACUUUUAUUCAAGGUGCUGUCGAUUCUCCUUCUGGUCCAGCAGACAUUCCAGCUGUGCAAUGCUUUCCUGUGAUGGUAAUAUAACGGCAUGUAUUAAAACGUGUUUUGUGAUCCCAA